AUGGUGGCAUCACCGGCUAGGGAGGAAGCUACUGCAGCUAGGAACGUCAAGGCCAAGCAGGCAUCAGGUGGGGAACGUAAGCCGCGGCCGCAGCAUGAGCAGGCACUCAAUUGCCCACGCUGCGACUCCACCAACACUAAGUUCUGCUACUAUAACAACUACAGCACAACACAGCCGCGCUACUUCUGCAAGGCCUGCCGCCGCUACUGGACACAAGGCGGCACCCUUCGCAAUGUCCCAGUCGGCGGCGGCUGCCGCAAGAACAAGCAUAAACGCACCGGGGGCUCCGGCGGAUCCUCCUCCUCGGCACCUUCUGCAUCGUCCUCCAGUUCCAGCGACCCCAAGAAGGUGAACAUCACGCAACAACUGAUGGCGAUGAUGCCUGUUGCUGCUGCUGUGACAACCGACUUCCCCAAUGUGCUCCCGACGCUCAUGUCUACAAGCGGAAGCUUCGAGCUCCCCAACUAUGACCAUCAGCUGCCUUUUGCGCCCCUGUCUUUAUCGCCCAACCCUAGCAUGACGACGUCAUUCCUAGACAUGCUGAGAGUAGGGUUUCUUGACGGCACCAGCAGCAACUAUGGCGUCAGAAGCAAUAUUAAUAAUGGGAUGGUGCUGCCAUUUCUUCCGCCAUCACCAUUUGGUGCGAUGCAGCAUGGGCAUGGGGUGAUUGGUGACCAGCAGCUGGUAGGGGGCCUGCAAGAUGUGGAGGAAGUGAAGCCCAUAGCAACUGAGCAUGGGAACAUCAACGGUGAUGGUGGUUUGUUUGGUGGUGGAUCGUCCAGUGGAGGAGCAAUGCAGCAGGGGCAGCAAAUUGUUGGUGGUGAUGGUGCACUAGAAAAUAUUGAAAAAUAUGAUACUACUUGA